AAACUUCCAUAUGGUCACAAACUCUGUUAUGGAGCAGAUGAAGAAGAAGAAGCCGAAAACGAGCAGCCGAACUAUAUCGUUCGGCUCGAUUUUCAUGCAUGCCGAUUGCUCUGACAUGGCGCUGAUGGGGCUCGGGCUCGUGGGCUCGUUUGGGGAUGGGAUCUCGAUGCCAGCUAUGCUUUUGGUCACGAGCAAGCUAAUGAACAGCUUCGGAAAUUCCCAGAUUUCGCCAGCCGAUAGCUUCAGCCGCAGCAUAAACGAGAACGCGUUAGUUCUUUGCUACAUGGCUUGUGUGCAAUGGGUCGCUUGCUUUCUCGAGGGAUAUUGUUGGACAAGAACAGCCGAAAAACAAGCAUCCCGAUUAAGAUCGAGAUACUUAAAAGCCGUUAUGAGGCAAGAUAUCGGUUAUUUCGACCUGCACGUGACUAGCACGGCUGAAGUUAUCGAGAGUGUAUCGAGCGAUAGCCUCGUAAUUCAAGACGCCAUUAGCGAAAAGGUCCCUGUCUUCAUAAUGAACCUCUCGACUUUCUUCGGGUCAUACGUGGUGGCAUUCAUUAUGCUGUGGAGACUAGCGCUAGCCGGGUUCCCAUUUAUAAUAGUCUUGGUAAUCCCGGGCCUGAUGUACGGGCGGGCCCUUAUGAGCAUAAUGCGGAAAAUGAAGAACGAAUAUGGUAAAGCCGGCGUGAUAGUCGAGCAGGCGCUUUUUUCCGUGCGUACGGUUUACUCGUUCGUGGGCGAAAGCAAGACAAUUGCUGCUUAUUCGGAUGCUCUUCAAGGGACCGUGAAGUUAGGUUCGAGGCAAGGUUUAGCCAAGGGCUUGGCCAUCGGGAGUAAUGCCGUCGUAUUUGCAAUUUGGUCCUUUUUGUCGUAUUACGGCAGUAGAGCGUUGGGUUCGGGUUUGUCGAACCUCAAGUACUUCUCGGAAGCAAGUUUAGCUGCCGAGCGUAUAAAAGAGGUGAUCGAGCGAGUGCCCAAGAUCGACUCGGAUAGCGUGGAAGGCCAAAUACUAGAAGACGUGAAAGGCGAAGUCGAGUUCAAGCACGUCGAGUUUGCAUACCCGUCGAGGCCCGAGAGCUUGAUUUUCGAGGAUUUUAAUUUAAAAGUCUUGGCGGGAAAAACGGUGGCGCUCGUCGGUGGGAGUGGGUCCGGAAAAUCGACUGUGAUUGCUCUCUUGCAGAGAUUUUACGACCCGCUCGGAGGCGAGAUUUUGUUAGAUGGAGUGGCGAUCGGUGAGUUGCAGGUGAAGUGGCUAAGGUCGCAAAUGGGAUUGGUUAGUCAAGAACCGGCACUUUUCGCGACCUCGAUUAAGGAAAAUAUACUUUUCGGGAAAGAGGAUGGCUCGUUCGAGGAAGUUGUGGAGGCUGCUAAAGCUGCUAAUGCUCACAAUUUCAUCUCUCAGUUGCCUCAAGGUUAUGAGACUCAGGUCGGCGAGCGAGGUGUCCAAAUGUCCGGAGGUCAGAAGCAGAGGAUCGCAAUCGCACGAGCCAUAAUAAAAUCCCCGAAAAUCCUCCUCCUUGACGAGGCCACGAGCGCACUCGACUCCGAGUCAGAGCACGCCGUGCAAGAAGCCCUCGACAAGGCCGCCGUCGGCCGGACCACUCUCGUCAUAGCCCACCGCCUCUCCACCAUCCGAAACGCUGACAUCAUCACUGUAGUUCGAGACGGACGGGUCGUCGAAAGCGGGGCCCAUGACGAGCUCAUCACCGACGAAAAUGGCCUCUACUCGUCCCUCGUCCACCUGUCCGAGAAAACCGACACCACCCCGGAUGAGCAUCGACCGUCUAACGUGUUAGACGAUGUACGCAGCACUAGCAGUCGGAGGCUCUCGGUUUUCAGUCGGUCGAGCUCGGCAAACUCCCGCGGGCUCGUCGAGACGGGCCAAACAAUGAUAAAUGUGGCCCGAGACGAGGUUUUUGGGACCCCCUCGUUUAGGAGGCUGCUCGCCAUGAACAUGCCCGAGUGGCGGCAAGCUGCGUUGGGCUGCGUGUCGGCUGUACUCUUCGGUGCUAUUCAGCCGGUGUACGCGUUCGCGAUGGGGUCGAUGAUAUCGGUGUAUUUCAUACAAGAUCACGAGGCGAUCAUGAAGAAGAUAAGGAUAUACGCGUGGUGUUUUCUUGGUUUGGCCGUUUUCUCGCUGUUGAUUAACGUGUGCCAGCACUACAGUUUCGCAUCAAUGGGGGAGAACCUGACCAAGAGGAUAAGAGAGAGGAUGUUGUCCAAGAUUCUUACGUUCGAGGUCGGGUGGUUCGACCGGGACGAGAAUUCCACGGGGGCCGUGUGCUCGAGGCUCGCGAAAGAUGCUAAUGUGGUGAGGUCUCUGGUGGGUGACCGGAUGGCGCUGCUGAUUCAGACGUGCUCGGCCGUAAUAAUAGCGUGCACGAUGGGCCUUGCCGUCGCGUGGAAGCUUGCGCUCGUGAUGAUUGCGGUCCAGCCGUUGAUCAUAAUUUGCUACUACUUCAAACGCGUGCUCCUCAAGAACAUGUCGAGUAAGGCGAUCAAGGCCCAAAAUGAGAGCAGCAAGCUCGCGGCCGAGGCCGUGUCGAACCUCCGGACCGUGACGGCCUUCUCCUCGCAAGCCCGUAUCCUCCGGAUGCUCGAGCUGGCCCAAGAAGGGCCAAGGAAGGAAAGCGCUCGCCAGUCGUGGUUCGCUGGUGUCGGGCUCGGGACCUCCCAGAGCUUGAUGACGUGCACGUGGGCCCUCGAUUUUUGGUACGGCGGGCGGCUCAUUGCCGGGGGAUUCAUUGGGGCGAAAGCUCUGUUUCAAACAUUCAUGAUCCUCGUAAGCACGGGCCGGGUCAUAGCCGAUGCAGGGACCAUGACGAAUGACUUGGCGAAAGGGGCCGAUGCCGUGCGGUCGGUUUUUGCGAUCCUCGACCGCUACUCGUUGAUUGAGCCAGAGGACCCAGACGGUCACCGGCCCGACGGGAAGGUUGGGGGCCGCGUGGACUUCCGGGGGGUCGAUUUUGCGUACCCGGCCCGUCCCAAAACAAUGAUCCUCCAAGGCUUCUCGCUCGAAAUUGAGGCGGGAAAGUCGACCGCGCUCGUGGGGCCGAGCGGGUCGGGGAAAUCGACCGUCAUUGGCCUUAUCGAGAGAUUCUAUGACCCAAUAGCCGGAGUCGUGAAAAUCGACGGUCGAGAUAUCCGGACAUAUCAUUUGAGAUCGCUACGGAAGCACAUUGCAUUGGUUAGCCAAGAGCCGACACUAUUCGCGGGGACCGUUCGGGAGAACAUCGCGUACGGGUCGUCCGAGGAUGUCACGGAGGCCGAGGUGGUGGCGGCGGCUAAGUUGGCAAACGCACACGACUUCAUUUCUGGGCUUAAGGACGGGUACGAGACGUGGUGCGGGGACAGAGGAGUACAGAUGUCAGGCGGGCAGAAGCAGAGGAUCGCGAUCGCCCGAGCCAUACUUAAAAACCCGAGCAUCUUGUUGUUGGAUGAGGCCACGAGCGCGCUCGACACGGAGUCUGAGAAGGCCGUGCAAGAGGCGCUCGAGCGGGUGAUGGUCGGGCGGACAAGCAUGGUGGUGGCGCAUCGACUGAGCACGAUCAAGAACUGCGACACGAUCGCGGUUCUUGACGGGGGAAGGGUGGUCGAGCGUGGGACCCACACGUCGUUGCUCGGGAGGGGGCCCGGCGGGGUUUACUAUUCACUAGAGUGGGAUUUCCCGUUUCGCAAAAAACUUCACGAAAAUCUCUCUAAAGUUUUCUCAACUCAAAUUCCUGUUGCUGCAAAAGAAGAGAUGAAGCGAAUACGGGAUGAGAUGUAUAUGAAUCCUCAAUUUAAGCGGCCGUUUGGCGGUUCUCGUGGGGAAUCGUACGUGCCAUCACAAUCUCCUAGUGGCGAUGGAGGUGAUGGAGGUGGAGUUGGUAGAGUGAAUGGUGGUACCGAAGUUAAUGGUAAUGAUGCAGGUAUUGUUGCUAGCAGUACACAAAAGCUUACCACCAAUGAUGCAUUGAGUUAUUUGAAGCAUGUUAAGGACAAGUUCCAAGAUCAAAGGGGAAAGUAUGAUAGGUUCCUUGAUGUAAUGAAAGAUUUUAAGGCUCAAAGAAUUGAUACCGCUGGUGUCAUAGCAAGGGUGAAAGAAUUGUUUAAAGGUCAUCCUAAUCUAAUCCUUGGGUUUAAUACAUUCUUGCCCAAGGGUUUUGAAAUUACCCUCACCGAUGAGGAAGAGGCUCUGCCGAAAAAGACUGUUGAGUUCGAAGAAGCUAUCAGUUUCGUCAAUAAGAUUAAGAGACGAUUUCAAAAUGAUGAUCACGUUUAUAAAUCAUUCCUGGACAUCUUGAAUAUGUAUCGCAAGGAACACAAGGGUAUAGCUGAGGUCUACCGCGAGGUUGCAGCCCUUUUUGAUGACCAUCCCGAUCUUCUUGAUGAAUUUACUAGAUUUUUGCCUGACACUUCAGCUACUGCUUCAGCUCCGCAUGCUUCACUUGGUCGUCAUUCCUUUCUGCGUAAUGAUGAGAAAAGCUCGGCCCUGCCCACAAUACUUCCACUGGGGGACAGGACUAUGCAUCCCAAAAGAGAACGUGAUCUUAGUGCCGAUUGUCCCGAUAAUGAUGAUGAUAAAACAGUGGUGAAGCUGCCGAAGGAGCAAAAGAAGCUUACUGAAAGAGAAAACAGGGAUAAGAGGAACUGUGAUCAGGAUGACAGAGAUCCUGAUCUGGAGAAAAGUGGUAAUUUUAGCAUGCAUCGGCUUUCUGACAAAAAGAAGUCUACUCGGAAAGUUGAAGACUUAUGUGGGGUCCAUGUGAACUCUUUUGAUGAUAAAGAUGCAUUAAAAAGUACAUACAACUAUGAGUUCUCUUUCUGUCAAAAAGUCAAAGAGAGAUUGCAAAGUGCAGAUGAUUACCAGGCAUUCCUAAAAUGCCUUCACAUAUACUGUACAGAAAUCAUUACUAGAAAGGAAUUGCAGAGUUUGCGUCUGGCUUCACUAUUUCAUACUGCUGCCCUAGCGAUUAGCAUCAUGUUUAUCGCCAUGUUGGUCGAGAAUAUUGAUGGAUUCUAUACUUUUGCAUUCUUAUGGGUUACUGAUUUACUUGGAAAAUAUCCAGAUCUUAUGGAGGGUUUCAACGAGUUUCUGGAGCGCUAUGGAUUUCUAGCUGGUGUUAUGGGAAAAAAAACGUUAUGGAAUGAGGGGAAUUCUUCAAAAGCCUCAAGAAUAGAUGAAAAGGAGAGAGAACAAAAGCGUGACUUGGAAGGCGGGAAAGAGAGGGAUAGGUGCAACUUGAAGUACUGGGGAAAGUCCAUUCAGGAGCUUGACCUAUCGAAUUGUCAACAGUGCACUCCCAGCUACCGGCUUCUUCCGAAAGAUUAUCCGAUAUCCUCAGCUAGCCAGAGGUCAGAGCUUGGUGCUCAAGUUCUAAAUGAUCAUUGGGUGUCUGUGACAUCUGGUAGUGAGGAUUAUUCUUUUAAGCACAUGCGGAGAAAUCAAUAUGAAGAAAGCCUGUUCAGAUGUGAAGAUGAUAGAUUUGAGCUAGACAUGUUGCUGGAGUCUGUGAGUUCAACUGCUAAGCGAGCUGAGGAGCUUUUGAACAGUAUCAAUAAUAAUUCAGUUGGGUCAGAUGGUCCCAUACUUAUUGAGGAUUACUUCACAGCUCUUAAUUUGAGAUGCAUUGAACGACUAUAUGGUGACCAUGGUCUUGAUGUAAUGGACAUUCUGCGCAAAAAUCCAUCUCGUACUUUGCCUGUUGUCCUAAUGCGUCUGAAGCAGAAGCAAGAGGAGUGGACUAAAUGUCGUUCAGAUUUUAACAAGGUUUGGGCUGAAAUAUAUUCAAAGAAUCAUUACAGGUCUCUUGAUCACCGCAGCUUCUAUUUCAAGCAACAAGAUUCAAAGAAUUUGAGCACAAAAUCCUUAGUGGCAGAAAUCAAAGAAUUAAAAGAUAAAAGGCAGAAAGAAGAUGAUGUACUUCUUAGCAUUGCAGCCGGAAGGCGGCAUUCUGUCAUUACUGACCUCGAAUUUGAGUAUGCUAAUGCUGAGGUUCAUGAAGAUAUCUUCAAGAUUAUCAAGUACUCGUGUGAGGAGAUCUGCUCAACAAAAGAUCAAUGUAAUAAGGUUUUAAGAUUUUGGACUACUUUUCUUGAGCCGAUGUUUGGUGUUCAUUCCCAUCCUCAUGGUCUAGAGACUAAUGAAGAUGAUGGUGUCUCUAAACACCAAAAUACCAAAGAUGACACUAGUUUAAUGGAAAGGGAGGGCAGUCCAGAUACCAAUCUUACCAACACAGAUUUGAAGCAACCUAAGUCUAACUGCAAUGGUGAUUCUAAAGCAUCACCUCAAAGAAUGAAUUUCAGAACUGGCUUCACAAAUGUGGGUGGUUUGGCUAAAGAAGGAUUAGCAGUGGCUUCUGGUGAAAGAUUAACCAACCCAGAUUCAGCUGUUACUUCAGGAACAGACAUUAACCACGGGUGUUGUGCAAGUUCUCCAAAAGUGGGUAAUGGUGCUUUUGAGGAAGGCAAUGAAGCCAAAUCAAAUACGGAUGAUAUGGUUCCCUCAGAGGAUGAGGAUAAAAUGAGAGAGAAUGGAUCGGCAAAUGGAGAUUUUGCAGAACGGUCCAGACAUUUGAGAUAUAAUGAGUGUCCUGUUGAUCCUUGUAAAAAUGAGAAAGAGGAGGGUGAGUUGUCUCCUAAUUGUGAUUCUGAAGAUAAUUUUGGUGUCUGCCAAGACAGCAUUCUGCAAGUCUUGCCUGAAGAAAAUCAUGGCAAUGAAGGAAGCCAUGGUCAAAUGGGGAAUCACAAAGAGAACACUGCAGGAGAAAAUGAUAUAGAUGCCGAUGAUGAUGACAGUGGAAAUACAUCAAAUGCUGGAGGAGAUGUUUCAGGCAGUGAGUCUGCUGGUGAUGAGUGUUCACGGGAAGAUCCUGAUGAAGUGGAAGAUGGCAAAGCUGAAAGUGAAUGUGAGGCUGUGCCACACUCUGAACGAUUUCUACUGAAAUGUAAACCUCUGUCAAAGCAUGUGGCUUCCUCAUUAAUAAAUGAUGAAAAACAGGAUCGACGUGUCUUUUAUGGAAACGACACAUUUUAUGUGCUUUUUAGGCUGCAUCAGACACUGUUUGAGAGAAUACUAUUUGCUAAAGUCAAUUCAGUAUGUGGCGAUUCAAAAUGGAGAAACACGCAAGAUUCAACUCCUGAUCCAUAUGCUAGAUUCACGGGUGCACUAUUCAGUUUACUUGAUGGAUCAAUCGACAAUACAAAAUUUGAAGACGAUUGCCGGUCUUUGAUAGGAAACCAGUCCUAUGUGCUAUUCACUUUGGAUAAGUUGAUCUAUAAGUUGGUCAGACAGCUUCAAACUGUUUCAAGUGAUGAGGUGGAUUGUAAGCUGCUUCAGUUGUUUGAAUACGAGAAAUCUAGGAAGCUGGAGAAUUUUGUUGACUCAGUUUAUUACGAGAAUGUUCAUGUCCUUCUGCAUGACGAGAAUAUAUACCGUUUUGAAUGUAUAUGUAACCCUACUCGCUUAUUUAUCCAAUUGAUGGAUGGUGGAGAUGAGAAGUCUGAAGGUGUUGCAGUUUCAGUAGAUCCCAAGUUUGCAACGUAUCUUCACAAAGAGUAUCUUUCAGUUAACAAUGGAAAGGAGUCAUCAUCAGUUAUGCUGAAAAGGAAUAUUCGCAAGUACAGUAACAUAGAGGAAUCCACCGCUCUGUAUAGGGCAAUGGAAAAUGUUCUGAUCACGAACGGGUUGGAAUGUAAAAUGACAGCAAGCACAUCAAAGAUCUCGUAUGUUCUCGACACGGAAGAUUCAUUUGUUCGUUCGGGAAGGAGAAAGGUUAGAUCUUUGCCCGAUAACCAAACACGAAUCCAACGGUUUCACAAGUUUCUGGAAGCUUCUACUGCAAAUUCAAACGGAACCCCUUUGUGAUGCUAUCUCAGAAGUACCUCCUUAAAUUCUUCUUCNAAAGAAAUGCUCCUGCAAUUUAUUUAUUUACUCGUUGAUGAAUCAAAUGACACCAAAUGGACCAACUACUUGUUUGGUAUGAUGAUAAUAUGUCUUCAAGAUCUGGCUGAAUCGAGUGGUUUUGUACAUAGUAAGGUUUGCCCUUAACGUUACUUGUAGUCUCUUUGUGUAUCUUGAUUGAAGUAUAGGCAAAAAGUAGUUCUUGCGCGUGUUUUUCUCGUCAUAGAAUACCUGUUAAUGAUGUACAGUAACAUGAUGUAAGAUAUAGAAAUGUGAUAUUGGGGGAAUUGGUAUAGUACUAACGUUCUUUAUACAUGUUUUCUAGAAUAUAUGUAUAUAGUUUUUUCACUUAGUUGUUUCAUGUUUGCUAUCAUUAUUGUUAUUAUUUUAUAAGUUUCUUUCUUCGUGGACAAGCUCACGAUUUGGAUACUGAAUAUUCUCAUUUUUUAGGGGCAAUCUUGGAGAAUAUUUUUUCAUGCCUAACUUCUCUUUGUCAGAUUUGGUUUGUGCCACUUUCUAAAAUAUACGUGCCAGCCAUUCUUUAUCAUUGACUUUUCUUUAAACAAAGUUGGACUUCCUGGGUGGAUUUAACCCUACCGCCUAAACUGGGUACCCAACUACCAAGCCGUUGGAUCAACACAUAUUCACAUGGGUGUGUGUGAUUUGACGGUUGAGAUCAGACAUUGGCAGGUUCGAAUUCUCCAGACUUCUUGAUUUAUAUUGUUUCGAUUUUUGAAUACCUACAGGUUUGUGCAAGUAAAUUGCUAAAACAGCAUUGUUUUGGGCAUAUAUUGUACAACUAAUAAA